UCUGGAGAGAACAAAAAAUGAAACCAGUCACCGAUGCCUCCCGCGUAAAACAGGUCGCGCAGGUCGGCGUUGUGAUACAACCAACUGAAACGGAGGCAAGAGGAAUGUCCGUCCCUUGCACUCUUGACACGCCGCAAGGUGAGCUGCUCGCUGAUCUCCGGUCUGUGCGCGCGGUCGGUGCCGCUCGCCCCGCCCCCUUCCCUCCCCUCCAAACUCUCCUCGGCUCACCGAUAAAGCGCUUUCUCUCCGGGCUCCAGGGAGGUAGCCCUUGAGAGCAUUCCUGGACGUGGAGGUCGGUGCAGUCUCCGGGGGGUUUGAUGAACACCGUUCGUUGCGAGUUCAAUGCGCCCACAGAAACUUUUUGUUAUUCUUGGUUUUUUUUUGAGAGUGCGCGCACACGGGAAAGUAGACUAGUUCGGUCUUGGACGUUACGUCGGUAAGCUGCUCCGCUUGGAUAAAGACACACCGCGCUUCGCAACCUUACGGGGAAGGAAGUACUGAAAACACAAAGAGUGGAGCGAGAGGACAAGAGGAAGAUUCUUCACUGGGAGAACAGAGAGAGGAAGAGUCUGCACCAUGAAGGUCUUUCUCACUCCACUGAUGCCUUUUCUGCUCUUCCUCAUCCUUCCUGAUGGCACCUGGUCCAGUGAGUGCCCAGAGGACUGCUCCUGUACCCCGCCAGGCUCCAUCUUCUGUUACCAGAGACGCUCCUCUACUAUUCCAAAGGGAGUAGACCCAUCCACAGAAAGUCUGUAUCUCUUUGCCAAUGGCAUCGAGGGCUUGACAAUUGAGGACUUUGAAGGCCUGGAAAACCUGGAGAUGCUGGACCUCAGUCAAAACAAAUUGACUGAACUUACUGAUAGGGUAUUUGAACCUUUGACCUCUUUGAGAAAUCUUGACUUGUCUUCCAACCAGAUAACCCACAUUUCAGAGGACUGCUUCCAGGGUAUGGAACUGCUUGAACGCCUUUAUUUGUCCAGUAAUCAUAUUGAGACCAUCCAUCCUACCGCCUUUAAUGGCUUGGAGCACCUGCUGGAACUCAAACUGCAGGGCAACCAGCUGACAUCCCUGCCAGCGCUCUCAAUGCCACGACUACUGCUGCUGGACCUUCGUUUUAAUGUCUUACCCACCUUGGGUCCUUCAGAUCUCCAGACCCCAAACCUCGAGUCACUCAAAUUGGGUGGCGUGGGGCUCCUCAGCCUGAAUAAGGAGCUCAUACGUAGUCUAAAGAACCUCCACGAACUGGACAUCUCAGUCAACCAACUCAAGUCCUUCCCCUCAGCGCUAAAGGAGACCCAGGGUCUGAUUCACCUCAGCGUUGCUGGGAACCCGAUGGGCCCUCUUAAGGUUCAGGACCUGCAGAACCUUGGAGAGCUGCAGGAGUUGGACAUUAGCAGCCUCAGUUUGCAGGGCCUUCCUGAAGAGUUCCCCCAGCUCCUACCCCACCUCAGAAAGCUCACACUUGCAGAGAACCCCUUUAACUGCCUCUGCACCUUAGCAUGGUUCCCAAGAUGGCUAAAAGCCCAGAGCAUCACGCUGGAGAGAACAGAGGAGACACGCUGUCAUUUUCCACCUAUCAAUGCUGGAAAGGUAUUGGAAAGACUUGAGCACAGGGAUUUUGGCUGUCCUACUACUACUACAGUCACCACUAGUACUGUCAAAACCACCACAACCGCGCCUGUUCCUGUCACUACCUUAUUGGUUAUUACUAGAGACAUUCCAAACCUCAGGAUCGGAAACAACCUGCCAGACAAAGAGGACUCUCCCUUACCCCCUGCCCCUGCAUCCCCCAGUAGCAGCAGUAUGGACCCAGGCGAGGAGCAGCAUUUCUGUCCCCCUCAUACCUGUCUGAAUGGGGCUACAUGUCGUUUGGACCAGCAUGGUCAGGUAGAAUGUACCUGUCCCGAGGGCACCUCUGGUAUGUACUGUGAGGUCCAAAACCAUGACCUGCCUUCACCGCCUGAAGCUGAGGUCCCCAUGGCAACUGUCAGUGUAGAUGCACCAGACAUCAGCUCACAUCAAGCAACCACAACUUCAGUCCUGGUGGACCUCCACCGCUACAUUGAAAUGCGGCCUUACAUCCGUGGGAUCCGCCUAACCUACCGCAACCUCUCUGGACCGGACCGUAGGCCGAUUCAACUAAACCUACCACCCAAGUUUCCAGAGUAUAUCCUCAGGGGUCUGCAGCCCAACUCCACUUACAGGGUGUGCGCCAGUCCACUCGGAGGCCCUAGUGGCAAGGACAGCGUCUGCACUGAAGCCCACACGGUUGCUGAAAGCGGCAGCAAACGCAGUCAACAGAUUGACGACCAGAGGCUGACAACGACGCUGGUGCCGGCAAUUGCCAUCUUGCUGCUGCUGUUACUGAUAGCAAUGGCAGUGGGAGUGGUAUGCUAUCUUCGCAGGAAAAGGGCCAAUGGGCAACUGGACCUAGAAGGCGAGCCCUCCCAGCUCGAGUCGGAUGGUGUGAAGGCUGGUUUGGACAACGGGGCGCUGCCUCAGAAACAGCACCAGCUCACGAUCCCUGAACCCGCUGUUCAGAAUGGCAAUCUGGAGUAUGAGGUGUUGUUACUACAGGAUCACUGUACAUCAAAUAACAAUAUGACUUCACACAAGCCCUCCUACUUUUGACAGCUGGCUUCUACUAAUCAGACCUAAAAAGGAGGAUUUUCAAGUCUUCAGCUCUGUUUUCAAUACAGAAGGCGCCAAAUGCAGUUGUGAAAGUGGAGGUCACCAAACGAGAAACUGGACAUCUAUUGAACUCAAUGCCCUCUUGUUGUCUUAAAGUAGACUUUAAACAAGUUCAAAAACAUUGGUUUGGACUUUCCUCACAGUGCUGGAAUGGUGGUCAGUGGUCAGCUCCCAUGCUGUGGUGCUGGGACUUAAAGGACAUGGGGACCUUCAGAGAAGUGUGUGCACUGAAAUGGGGUUGUACUUCCAUUUUCCCAUCACGACAGUCCAACUGAACUAAACUAUAUCAGCAAUUGCUUUUGCUGCAUGUUGUAACUGCUCGGUACCACCCCAAAGGGAUCCGUGCUUGCUGUGAAUGACCUUUAAGACACCAAAUGAAGUUAUGCAGAGAAAAUAACUGAUGUUUGUAUUCUUUAUUUGGCUUCAAAACGCUUUCUGUUUUUGUACAUUUUUUUUAUACCAGUGUCUUUGUUAUUUUGUAUUAUUGUGCAACAUUAUGACCUUUUAUAGACCCCCCCCCCCCCCGAACCCACAUACACACUCGCACACACUUCUUGUGACUAACAGACAAAACAGCAGAUUAAAAUCUUUGAAGAUUAAACCUCGUUUUGUUCCAGCAAAGUCAAUCAAAGGGCUUUAACCCCAGAAUGUCAGACAGUCUAAGUACAUGUGAGUCCGAGUCAAGACAAAAUCCCCCUUCUUGAUUCUGAAGCGCUCAGUCUGCUUUGCCACCACAAAGGGAGAAGGUAAGCUGGAUUACAAAGAAACAGAGGGAAGCAUUUUAAUUAACCCCUUGUGUUUCAGUGCUGCACUGAAUUCCAUACCGUUUUUUUGUUUACCCUAAUUACACUAUGGACUCAAAUGACUAUACAGCAAAAUAACUUUAGGUACUUUAUUUAUUAUUUAUAUUUUCUGUAAGGGAAAUACGGUUUUAUCCCUUAAACCACAGUUCAUGUACAACGACAAGCAAAGCAAACAAUGGUUUUGUAUUACGUUUCCCUUGAUUAAAAAGUAUUUUUCCUUCCUUCCUUUCUGCGCUUUGCUCACUUACAACUAACAGGAUGCUGUGUAGAGGACAGUUAACACAUGCAAAGUGGGAGACCUUCAGGAAGGCUAACAAUCUGACAUAGUGUUGAGAUCCAAAUCUGGCAAUGUAGAGCAAAAUAAGGACUCAGAGUAACCAUUUGUGCGUGUGUGUGCGUGCGUGCGCGUGUGUGUAGAUCAACUUCAGUGAUAAUGCAAGUACGUGUUCUGUCUUGUACAAAGACCUGCAGACAUCAAGUUACUAUCAGUUACCCUCUCUAUCUUCCCGCAUGUCAAGGAGUACUUUAGGCCCCAGACAACUCUUCCUAAUAGGCAAACACACCAAAGACCAUCUGUGAAAAGUUACUUACCUACAGUAUUCUCAGUGUGCAGUUAACCCUUCCCUGCUGAUAAUAUGUUAUUAUAACUCACCCACACAAACACAUGCAACUGGAAUAAUUGUUUGUCAAAGAGAAUACAUUGGAUGUAACCCAAAUUAUUUUCAAUGUGAUUGCUAAUUUUUCCCUGUUUACUUUGGGAAGCUCUGUCAUUAUAAUUUUGUUUUUAAGUUUGUGAACUUAUCCGUAAAAGCUGAAAGAGUGAUAUUAUCAUUAAAUGAGUAUCCAAAA